ACUUUGCUACAAAUCUUUCUUUUACUAUACUAUAAAUGACCAACACCAAACGCACUUCCAACCCCUCAUUUUCUCUCCCCUUAGCCUUAUAUUUUACUCUCAACUAUCUUGCCUUCCAAUCAAGCAUGAAUGUGUACAGAGAUCCGAACUCCUGUUACUUCCAUCCCAAAGAAAAAGUGGUGGGCGUCUGUGCUUUGUGCUUAAACGAGAAGCUUCUUAUGUUGGCGCCAAGACGAGGCCGCUACCACCACUCUUCACCCCGAACCUGCCGGAAAACUCCCAUCAACCUCUCCAAGAUCUUUGCUUUUAGCUCUUUCAUCAGUCGUCUCGAAUUCCGGCAUUGGAAGCCGGAAAACUCCGACGAUGAAGCCUCCACCAGUCAAGAAGACUCGUUCAUCUCAAUCAACUUUGGGAAAAAUGGAGUUGGGUCAUGGGAAGAGAACAAGGUCUCAGAGGUUUCCCUGGAAAAUUGCAUCCUGUCAUGGAAUCACCACUUGACCAAAGACUCCAAGGAGACCAAGACUGUGAUAGAACACAGCAAGACCCGUGCCUCGCUUAGGUGGCGGAAGCGGAUUGGACACCUCUUCCAGCUCAUCAGAAGGACAAGGUCCAACAAAGGAACAGUCUGCCACGUGGAAGGAGUUAAGACAAGGAAAGGCUGGAUAAGAACUCUGACAAGGUCAAGAAACACUGAAUAGACAAAAGAGAGAAUAUCUAUGCGUGGACUGGAAAUUUAAAUGUGAUUUGUAUAAAGAUUUGAGUCAAAUCAACUACUCAUUUUUUUUGUUUUUCUGAUUUGAGCUCCUGCAGGUUAAAGAAUUUACGAGUGUAAAUGAACCUCUGUAAUGUGCUUGAAAUAUAAUCUCUUCUUUUUUCUCUUA